AUGGCCAACCGUUUGGAAGAUCAGUUUGCCGACAUGAGCCUGAACCGCCCUGCCGGCGGCGGCCGAUCCGCCUACGUGCCUCCCCAUCUGCGCAACCAGCCCGCCCAACAGCAGCAACAGCAGCAGCAGCAGCAGCAGUCCAACGGCGACUUCAGAGACAACCGAAACUCUGCCCCUCCUGCCGCUCGCUCCAGACCCUACUCUGGCCCCCAUGCCUGGGACAGCCAGUCCCCGGCUCGAAACGAUAAGCGCUGGAGUGCCGACAGCCGCGGCGACCGUUUCGACCGACCCGAUCGUGAACGCAGCGAAGGAUGGGGAGCUUCUCGCGGCGGCUCUGGCUACUACCGCGACCGCCCCGACCGCCCUGAUCGCGGCGACCGCGGCGACCGUGGUGACCGUGGCGACCGACGCCCUGCGUACACCAAGGACCCCAGCGAUGAGUUUGCCGAUCGCCCCGACGUUCGGGCUCGCGACCCCCGCCUUGAGGUCCAGCUCUUUGGCCACCAGCACUCCUCUGGCAUCAACUUUGACAAGUACGAUGACAUCCCUGCCGAAGCCUCGGGCCGCAACGUCCCCGACCCCAUCGCCUCUUUCCAGGACUCGGACCUGGACGCCUUGAUCAAGUCCAACGUCGCUCUUGCUCAUUACAACAACCCCACUCCCGUCCAGAAGCACAGUAUUUCGAUUGUCAAUGCCAAUCGUGACUUGAUGGCUUGUGCCCAGACCGGCUCUGGCAAGACGGCUGCCUUCCUGCUCCCGAUCCUCAGCCAGUCCUUCAAGGACGGGCCUCCUCCUCGUCCUGACACCGGCGCCGGUGGCUAUCCCGGUCGUCGCUCCACCAAGAUCACCCCCGUUGCUCUUAUCCUGGCCCCCACCCGUGAGCUGGCCCUCCAGAUCUGGGAGGAGUCGCGCAAGUUUGCCUACCGCUCCUGGGUCCGCCCCUGUGUCUGCUACGGUGGCCAGCCCAUGGCCGAGCAGCUCCGCGAUCUCGAGCGCGGCUGCGAGCUUCUCGUCGCCACCCCUGGUCGUCUUGUCGAUCUUAUCGAGCGUGGCCGCGUGUCCUUGGCCCUCUGCAAGUACCUUGUUCUGGACGAAGCCGAUCGUAUGCUUGAUAUGGGUUUCGAGCCCCAGAUCCGACGCAUCGUCGAGAAGGAAGACAUGCCCCCGGUUCACGAGCGCCAGACUCUCAUGUUCUCUGCCACCUUCCCCCGCAACAUUCAGAUGUUGGCCCGCGACUUUUUGAAGGACUACAUCUUCCUCACCAUCGGCCGUGUCGGCUCCACCUCCGAAAACAUCACCCAGCGCAUCGAGUACGUCGAGGACGAUGACAAGCGAUCGGUCCUGCUCGACAUUCUCCACUCGGAUCCCGCUGUCAUCAACCAGCGCAACGGCGGCAACCCCAAUGAGGCCCUGACCCUCAUCUUUGUCGAGACCAAGCGCUCGGCCGACAUGCUCUGCAACUUCCUGAUCGACAACAACUUCCCUGCCACAUCGAUCCACGGCGACCGCACCCAGCGCGAGCGUGAGCAGGCCCUGGCCUCGUUCCGCUCUGGCCGCACCCCUGUCCUCGUCGCCACCGCCGUUGCCGCCCGUGGUCUUGACAUUCCCAACGUCACCCACGUCGUCAACUUUGACCUGCCUUCGGAUAUCGACGAUUAUGUCCACCGCAUCGGCCGUACCGGCCGUGCCGGAAACAUCGGCAAGGCCACUGCGUUCUUCAACGUCUCCCGCGACCGCAGCGUUUGCAAGGAGCUGAUUGACAUCCUCACCGAAGCCAAGCAGGAGAUUCCUUCCUGGCUCGAGCAGUGCCGCCGCGACAUUGACCGCGAAAACAGCGCCAAGAGCUACGGUCGUCGUGGUGGCUACGGUGGUGGCCGCACCGGCGGCUACGGCGGCCGCAACGGCGGUGGUGGUGGUGGCCGAUUCGGUGCCACUGACUUCCGUCGCGAGGGCGGUGGCGGUGGCAGUGGCCACAGUGGUGGCUAUGGCCGUGGCGGCGACCGCCGUCCCAGCGCCGGCGACGCCUGGGGUGGUCACGCCAACGGCCCCAGCUCUGCCGACAACUGGUUCUAA